ACUAGGAGGAAGUAGGAGUAAUCUGAAGGUGAGAGACUGGAGACAGCAACUUAAUGAAGUCAGUAUAGACAAACAGAGAACAGCAGUUCAUCAUGACAAGUCUUCGAAGAGUGUUCUUUAGCCUAUCUGCUGCUCUGUGGAGUGUAUCUAUUGCAGAUGAGAUCGUAGUAUCAGGAUAUGAGGGAGGAGAAGCAGAGAUCAGUUGCUCCUAUGGCCAUGGGUAUGAGAAUUACAAAAAGUACCUCUGUAAUAGGGGCUGUGACAACUCUGAUAUUGUCAUUGAAACUCAAUUGGGAGUUCACCACACUAAGAAAGGCAGCUUUUCUCUGCAUGAUGACAUAAAGAGAAGAGUCUUCACUGUGAAUGUCACUAAACUGACCCUACAGCAUGCUGGGAUAUACUGGUGCGCUGUGAGCAGAUAUGGGAAAGACAUCUAUACAGAAGUCAGACUGCAAGUAGUCAAAGUCACCACCGUGACCUCAGUGACCUCUACAUCAUCAUUAUCAUCACCAUCAACAUCAUCAUCACUAAUGCCACCUUCAUCAACAGGCUUCACCAACAGGACCUAUGUGUUUAUUGCGUUCACUGUGAUGACUUUUUCUGUGAGUCUGUCUGUGUUGAUGUUGGCACUCAUCAUAAUAUACAGAUGCAAGAGGAUCCAGGGGUCUGCAGAACCACACAGAGAAACAGGGCUGUCUGAGUUGGUGUAUGAGGAUGUUUAUGAGAAUACAGAAGCUGUGCGUGUGAAUGUGAAACUGGCUUCCUGUAAGAAACAAUACUCCUCCCAACCUUAUGAGGAUGUUGAUGAUGAUGACGACGCCCAACAGGAGUCUGUCUAUCAAGACAUCACACCUUAUGACAACAUCUAUCAAAGCCUCAAUAUCACUACCACAGACAGACACUGAAUGUGUGUGUGUGUGUGUGUGUGUGUGUGUGUGUGUGUGUGUGUGUGUGUGUGUGUGUGUGUGUGUGUGUGUGUGUGUGUGUGUGUGUGUGUGUGUGUGUGUGUGUGUGUGUGUGUAAUAGUAGUACGGUAGUGCUAGACGAUGAUGCAGUGGCAUAUGAGUUUCAGAGGGGGAUGCUGUUUUUUUUGUCAAAUAAUAAGAGGAAUGGCUGCUCAACUGAGAAUAAUAUAAGACAGGCUGAUUGGACAUUGAAUGUGUGUGAUCAGUGAGAACUGACAAGUUACCAAGUUGCGCAGGGGCAGACUGGCCACUUGACAUUUCUGGCAAAUGCCCGAUGGCCUGGUCCAUUUUUUGCCUUGUGGCCUGUCAUUAUCUGGCUAAUAAUGGGGUCCUCAAGGAAGAAAAUGGGCCCAGAGGGUUAGAAAUGCCAGCGCCGAUUUCUGGUCCCAGUCUGCCCCUGCACACACACACUUUGAACAAUUACAUGUAUUCUGAAUUAAACUUAUUGAAUGCCAA